CUUGCAGCCCUCCCCAGCACCGCGUAGACUUUGGAACCUUCUACCUCCUAUAAAUACACAAAUUAAUUUCUGGGUUUCCUCCAAAAACGGAGGAAAAGUGAUAGGGAAACAAUGGGAAGCUUAGCAAACAACGUUGUAAGUAAUAAUCCGAGGAAACCCAGGUUUCUUUGCCUCCAUGGAUUCAGAACCAGCGCCGAGAUUCUCAAGAAACAGGUGGUCGGGAAAUGGAAUCCGGCCGUGGUGGAGAAACUGGACCUUGUGUUUGUAGAUGCGCCGUUUCCCUGCCAGGGAAAAUCUGAUGUGGAGGGAUUGUUCGAUCCUCCUUAUUAUGAGUGGUUCCAGUUCAACAAGGAUUUCACAGAAUAUGAGAACUUUGAUGAGUGUCUUGAGUACAUAGAGGAUUACAUGAUAAAGCAUGGACCUUUUGAUGGUCUUCUAGGUUUCUCCCAGGGUGCAAUUCUGUCAGCAGCAUUGCCUGGAUUACAAGAGAAGGGUGUGGCUUUGAACAAGGUUCCCAAGAUCAAAUAUCUCAUAAUAAUUGGAGGAGCAAAAAUGAGGAACAAAGAAAUUGCAGAAAUGGCAUAUGCUUCACCAGUUUCAUGCCCUUCUGUUCAUUUCAUAGGAAAGGAAGAUUUCCUCAGGGAGCCUGGUCUGCAGCUCAUAGAAUCAUGUGUUGAUCCCUUAGUCAUUCAUCAUCCUAAGGGCCACACAAUCCCGCGAUUUGACGAGAAAGGGUUGGAAGAUAUGCUUUCUUUUGUGGAGAGGAUACAGAAGGAGAUUAACAUGGCAGAAGAGCAGAUUGAAGAACAGAUUGUGUGUUAGUAUUCCAUCUUGGAACAUUAUUUGUAUUUUGCUGUGUCUGGUCAUAUAAUGGCCAUACCAUAUUGUAACAAAAAACUUAGCCAUAAAUGAUACGGAGUAUGAUAUUGGCUUAUACCGGAAA